AUGGGCAAGUCCGAUAGUGAGAUGCUUUCACGAAGCGCCAACACCGCCAAACCUACCUUCUUUCACUUGGCUGUCCUGCUUGGACUUGUCUUGGCCGUGUUCCUAGCUGACUACGUUCUCUUUGCGGGCAACAGUCCUGCGCAUCCUGUUCCAAGUGUGAGGGGUGCGAGGGCACUUUUCGGAAGUGCGGACUGGGUCGCGGGCGGUCUAUUGCUGGCCGGCGGUUGCCACGCGGUCUACUUGAGGUCCAGGAAGAUCAACUCCAGCAGCAAAAAGAGCCCAAAGAGUCAAGAUCGACCAGAAAGGCCUGAAGCAGAGCGUGUGCUUGGCAGCCCCGCCAAACUGCACAAGUCCGCUCAGCAAACGUUGAACUAUCAGCUCGGUCGCGCAUCAUGUGGGAAGGCCGUGGUGCUGGAAAAGCUUGUGCUUGAUUUUGAAGCAGCCCAUGGCCCGUCCGAUACGCUCAGCUACAACCUCGUCAUCCGGGCCUUUGCCAAGGAAGGGCAGUACAAGGCAGCAGGACGCUGGCUGACGCACAUGGAAAAGCAGGACAUCAAGUCGACAGUGUGCAGUUACAAUACUGUGCUGGACGCUUGCGCAAAAGCAGGUAAGGCUAAGGAAAGCGAGUUUUGGUUGCAGCGCAUGUUAGACCGGGGCCUGCAGCCUAAUGUCAUCAGCUUCGCGACAGUGAUCCAUGCCUUCGCACGAAGUGGAGAUGAGCACUCGGCAAGUAUUUGGCAAAAGAAAAUGGUGGCAAGGGGCAUUGAACCCGACAGCAUCAGCUACAAUUCACUGAUCCAUGCCUGCUCCGUGAAGGGCCAAGUUGAGAAAGCCGAGCAUUGGCUCAAAGAGAUGCGAGAAAAAGGCCUUGAAGCCACGGUGACCACCUAUGCAAGCCUCAUCGACGCCGCAGCAAAGGCAGGUGACCUCAACAAGGCCGAGACAUGGAUGAAUGAGAUGCUUUCACUCGGCAUCCAGCCGAACGUUGUCUCCUUUGGAGCCGUGAUUAACGCAUGUGCAAAGGCGUGUAACCUGCAGCGGGCCGAGCACUGGCAUGCUCGCAUGCUAGAGUUGGGAAUCCGGCCGAACUUGCGAAGCUACAGCGCAGUAAUCAAUGCUUGCGCAAAGGCAGGCAAAGCGGACCAAGCAGAAGAAUGGCUGGUGAAGCUAGAGGAUGCAGGCCUUGAGAGCGACGCUGUCGUCUACAGCAGCGUGAUUGACGCCUGCGGAAAAGCAGGUGAUUGUGAGAGGGCCAUGGCAGUGUUCAAGCGAAUGCAAGCCAGAGCGAUCACACCUCAUGUUGUCACGUACUCAGCCUUGGCCAGGGCAGAGAGCCUCUUCCGUGAGGCCGUGCGGGAUGGCCUUUUCAACCAUUCCAUCAAUCAGCACGUCCAAUCUGGUCUCUCGAGAGCACUUGGCCGCAAGCGAGCCUCGGAGCUCAUGCAGGAGCUUGGUGUUGCCGUUUAA